CACGAACCGGACCCAGGCCGUACGGCGCUUCCCCGAGAUCGGGAACAGAGAGCAGGACAGGGGUCCUCGGGGGACAGGCGGCCGAGGACCGGAGGAGCCUUCGGGGGUGCGCCUCGGUCGCGGUUGGGGCUUUAGCGAUAAUAAAUGAUAGAGGAUACAAUGACUUUGCUGUCUCUGCUGGGUCGCAUCAUGCGUUACUUCUUGCUGAGACCGGAGACUCUCUUCCUGCUCUGCAUCAGCCUGGCCCUGUGGAGUUACUUCUUCCACACGGACGAGGUGAAGACCAUCGUCAAGUCUAGCCGGGACGCGGUGAAGAUGGUCAAGGGCAAGGUGGCCGAGAUCAUGCAGAACGAGCGGCUCGGGGGGCUGGACGUGCUCGAGGCGGAGUUCUCCAAGACCUGGGAGUUCAAGAGCCACAACGUGGCCGUCUACUCCAUCCAGGGCCGGCGCGACCACAUGGAGGACCGCUUCGAAGUUCUGACCGACCUGGUCAACAAGACCCACCCGUCCAUCUUCGGCAUCUUCGACGGGCACGGCGGCGAGUCAGCUGCUGAAUAUGUGAAAUCCCGCCUGCCUGAGGUCCUGAAACAGCAUCUUCAGGACUACGAAAAGGACAAAGAGAACAGCGUGCUCUCCUAUCAGGCCAUCUUGGAGCAGCAGAUCCUGUCCAUCGACCGAGAGAUGCUGGAAAAACUGACCGUCUCCUACGAUGAAGCAGGGACCACGUGUUUGAUCGCGCUCUUGUCAGACAAGGACCUCACCGUGGCCAACGUCGGUGACUCGAGGGGCGUCCUCUGUGACAAGGAUGGCAACGCCAUUCCCCUGUCUCACGAUCACAAGCCUUAUCAGCUGAAGGAGAGGAAGAGGAUUAAGAGAGCUGGUGGCUUCAUCAGCUUCAACGGCUCCUGGAGGGUCCAGGGGAUCCUGGCCAUGUCCCGGUCCCUGGGGGACUACCCGCUGAAAAACCUCAACGUGGUCAUCCCCGACCCCGACAUCCUGACCUUCGACCUGGACAAGCUGCAGCCCGAGUUCAUGAUCCUGGCCUCGGACGGCCUGUGGGACGCCUUCAGCAACGAGGAGGCCGUGCGGUUCAUCAAGGAGCGCUUGGACGAGCCCCACUUCGGGGCAAAGAGCAUCGUCUUGCAGUCCUUCUACAGGGGCUGCCCCGACAACAUCACCGUCAUGGUGGUCAAGUUCAGGAACAGCAGCAAAACGGAGGAGCAGUGAGGGCCCGGCCGCCCCGGACUGAAGGACUCCGGCCGUUGCUUGACUUGGAUGUGGUAGAAAAGUAGCGAAACUCCUUAAGAUUGGGCCGGAAGAUCCAGGACAGCCCCUUCCCUGCCGGCGGCGCCGUGAGCCAGGAUGGAGCGGCCGGGGCUGGGCCCGCGUCUUCCCGCCUUCCUCCCGCCUUCCUCCGCCAGGUUUCUAAUGCGUAUCUAUAAGCUUUCCCAUGUAUCUCCGGAGAGGGCGCCUCGGCAGCCUGGGCUGCCCGCUUUCCAUUUUAAGGUUUAUUUUUCAUCCCCUUUAAAUGUCUUCAGGUUGUCGCCUCCCUGAGCCUGCUUUGGAGCCGCAGCGUGGGCGGGUCGGAAGGCCCGCGAGGGGACGCUCCCGGGGGCUGGACACGGCCAGGGGUUUGGGGGAGAGCUGAGCCUUGGGAAGGGACCGCGCCGCCUGCCCGGGAGCCCGUGCCAUCGGCUGCCUUUGCCUGCUUUCUGGGGACUGGAGGGAAGGGGAAGAAGCCCCCGGGGGAGCUCGGGCUGGGCAGGGGGAGCUCCCCGAGUCCGGAGCAGCCUCUGACUCCCAGGCCCCUUCGGGCACGUCUUUGGGAAGCCCCGUCCCCCGCCGGAGUCCGGCCUCCCCGUGGGCCCCGUGGCCAGAGUGUCCCGGGGAGCCGGGGAGCCGGGCAGCCGGGCAGCCGGCGCUGGAUGCCCGGGGUCCUGCCCGUAGAGAAGGAGGGGCCCCUGCAGAAGCCGGCCGCUUGCCGGGGCCUCGGGCCGCGGGACACCCAGCGCCAACGUAGUUCCGGCCGCGGCCUCCUAAGAGACAGACUCUUUUUUUACAUCUUAGUGGCUCUGGGGCACAGAUGUUUGUCAGGCGUCCUGGGCUCCUGUUUGUCCUGUUGGAGGAAGCCCUAGUCACUCGGGCCGAGUGGAAACGUAGCCAAAAGUGAGCGAGCGCCCCUUCCCCGCCGGGCUCCCUGCGGUCACUUCCCUGAGGCCGGCAGUGGCCUGGAGAGCUGUCCUCCGCAGUGGCCGCCCCUUCCUGCCCGGGCUGUGCGAGUGCCAGCCCCUGCGUGAGCCAGCGGAGGCGGAGAGCAUGCGGCCUGCCCUCCCCCGGGGCCUCCGGGCCAGCUUGCCUCGGCUCCCCGGUACUCGGCUGGGCGAGCCCGCAGCUCUCUGUCACCGGCCUGAGGCCUUACUCCUCUGGAGGGGGCUCAUGCUCCUUCUUGCUCCGUUAGGCCCGUUGCCCCCCGAGUUUCCCUGGCGAUGACAGGAGACUCCCAGGAGGACCCGGGAGCUGGUGAGAAUGACAGCCUGGGGAGGGGCUCAGCUCAGGGGAGGAGUCCCCCAGAGGCAAGUUAGGCUUGGUCAGAGGUCUGGAGGUCAGGCCUUGUCUCGGAGAAGGAAGUGGGGGCAGCAGCUUGGAGUCGGGGCAGGAUUUGAACCUUGGGUCUUUGUCCCCAGCUGCACCCGCAGGUUCCCCCUUUCUGGAGCUCUUGUCCACAGCGAGCUCCCCAAGGUACUGGGAGGGAGGGCCCUGAGCAGAAGGGCAGUCUGACAGGACGCUGAAGGAAGAGACGGGCUGGGACCCCAGAGAGGAGGGGGAGAGUGGGGGGCUCUGGCGGACCCCUUCCCGGCUCCCCCAGAAAGUAACCUGGGCUCCCAGAAGUGUGAGUGCUUGGGGGGGCACGCGGCUUCAACCCCACUGCCCGAGCAUUUGCCAUCGGAUGGGAGAGUGAGAGGCCCUCAAGCUUUUCUAGAGCUGGGCCGCUGUCCGUGGUCCCCACUGUGCCAAAUUCAGGUGUGAUUUCCAGUCUGUCCCGGGGACUGAGACCGGGGGACCCAGGUGAGGAAUCAUGCCCAGCGCUGCCUUCUUGCCGCAUCCCAGGGACAGACUCUCCUAAGGGGGGCUUUGGGUGCUGGUCUUGUGUCUGCCCGCCUGUCAGAGGGAGAGCUCACUGGCUGAGGCCUUUUGGUGUGACAACCAAAGCUGGAUGCGUCCUUUGAGGCCGGCCGUCGAGCUGCUUCCUCUUACUGUUGGGGUGACUGGGGGGACGCGUGGGGUCACUCGGCUGUAAGUUUCAGUCUCCAGGCCUCGCAGCCCCAGCCUCUCCUACAGACAGUCCUCAUGGACGGGACCCAAAGGCACGCUUUGUGCACCCAUCACCCAGAGCUUCUCUAGAACCCUUUCUCUAAGGGACGGCUCCAGCCCCGCAGAGCCCCUUCCACCCAGCCCUUGUUUAAUGCCCUGGGAGUGUAAGGGGCAGCAGUCUGGUGUGUGUGCACCUCCCUUCACUCAGCCCCAGAAGGACCCCCUGUAGGGACACCCAUUAUUCCCCUGAGUAAGUUAGGUAGGGCAGACCAUUCUGAGGUUCUUGCCAUCAAUGAAAGACACCCACCAAUCAUGGUCCUUUUUUCUUUGCCUCCCCCAGUAUUUGUGCAAAGGGGAAAUAGUCCCUCCCAUAGCUGGAGAAUUUAGUAGAACUUGAUCAUGUAGAGAGCAAAAAAAGGCCAUCAAGGUCAUCCUUAAAGCAGGAUAGAUGGAGAGCCCAAAGAGAUCUUGCUGUUCCCCUGAUCCACUCCCCUCAGGUACAGAUACAGAUGCUGAGGGAUGACGGGACCUUCCAGUGCAGAGGGAAAACUAAGCAGGGCCUGCCCUCAGGAAGCUGACAGGAGAAACGCAUUUCGGGAUCCACAGAACAAAUACAGCGAUGACAAGUGUGGCUUGGUUCGGGCCCAGGCCGUCGGCCCAGCCCUCUCACCACUCUGCCUUCUUGGCUGACAUGCACAGGAAAGCCUUCCGUCCUUGUCAUGGUUACAUGUGUGUACGUAUGUAUAACAUGUAGCAACACACACAUACAUGUACAUAUGUGUGACACAUUUUUAAAGCAGUCUUUUUCUAGGGCUUCACGGCGCCCCAAGAAUCAUGGAGUGGAGCAGCGUUGUAUGAAGGAGAGAAUAGAACAGCUCUUAUUUUAUUCCAAGAUAGGAUCGCAAAGUUGAAUUUUAGUGGCGAUGUGCCCGUCAGUGUGCCAAGGAAAUAGCAAACUUUAGAGGGUAUAGGAUAAAAAACAGGCUCAACCUGUUCUGUGAUUUGGUCGUCUGGAGAAAGUUAGGGACCCCUCCUCGGAAUCAUGUUUUUACACACUUUAUAUGAAAUACAUAGGAUUACUAAGGAAAUUAGUGAUAAAUAGCUAACAAAAUAAUUUGCUUUUUAGCAAAAACGUUCUCUUCCUAUGUGGAUUUACUACUUUACAAUGGCAUUUUUUUUCCUGACUCAUCCAAGAAAAGGAAGCUCUAAAUUUGCCUGUUUAGUUAUUGAGGAUCCUUUAUGAAGCUGAUCACCAUGUUGGGUAGUUACCCCUUACAUAAAUAUAGGAUGUAACAUCCUCCUUAAUCCUUGAAAGGAUCUGGAUGUUUUCUAGACCACACGCUUGGUCUUUUGGUCUGUCAUAGCUCAGAGCUGUGAUUUCGCCAGUUUAAGGAACUCCCGCCACCACUGUACAGCAGCAUUUUCCGUUAUUUACGGGUUUCGAGUCGCGUAGAGUGUUGAGAAGUUGGAUGACGUGCUCAGGAGGACAGAGCCGGUCUGUAUCAGAGAUAGGACUUUGAACUUGAUCCCUACCAGAUACCCGCUUUGUGAAGUUGCCGCCUUAAAAUCAAAACAAAUAAAACCAUGGAAUAACAGUAACGUUUUCCCCAAUCCUGGAAAGGCUAUGUCUUUUCCAGAGAAAUUGCGAGGUUUUUAGUGUUGGUGGUGGUGCUUUUAGCAAGCUCUUGUAUCCAUCCGGUACCUGAGUCGAUUUCCAGAACGCUCCAUUGCAUGGUUAUGGUUUUGGAUGUGGUCCAUUCUGGGAAUCCUUCCCUUGAUUAACCAGGUAUCCAUGAAUAAUUGGAAGUAAAUGAGAUGGGGAAGUCCUGGAACUGUGUAUUUAAAUGGAACGUGCCUAUUUCUGAAGAUGGAAGAGCUUAUUAUAGGUUUGCAUCUCUAUAGAUAGUCAGUCCUCAUCCCCCUAUCCCCCACACUCUCACAGCUCCCCAUAUGUUCAGCAAGGAAGGCAUCCUCGGUACCGUUGGCUUUCUAAAUCUGAGUCAGUCACUGAAAGGAGAAUGUGGAUCUGUCUCUUCCUACUUGACCUUAAGGGACUUGGUGACUUCAUGACUGAUUUAGAACCUUGUCCAGAAAUUCCUCGCAGGAGGGAGCAGCCGGCUUGGGGUGUUUCAGGCUUGAUUUCCUCGGCCAGAUUCUCUCCGGCCCCCCUCCUGCCACGGACAUGUGGCCGUUCUGUCAUCACCGAGUCUCGUCACCUUCGCAAACAGAUUCUCCUUAUGGUUGGGGUAUGUUUUUAGGAUCCGAUGCUAACACUUCCUUUGAAUGUGAACAGUUCCUAGAUUUAGAAACAGCCUUUUUCUAGGGCUUCAUGCCCCUAGAACAGUGUUGUGUGAAGAAGGGAACGGAGCGGCUCUGCUGUUUUAUUCCAAGACAAGGCCACAAAGCUGAAUUUAAGUGGCGAUGUGCCCGUCCGUGGGCCAAGGAAGCAGUCAUGGCGGAUAUUAGAGGAAUAGGAUAAAAAACAGGCUGACUGCGUUUUGUGUUAUGUGUCAGAUACCUGGAGAGACGUAGGGACCCCUGCUCAAAAUCAUGUGUUUAUACGCUUUAUGUAAAAUGCAUGGGGUUACAAAGAAAACUAGGGAUAGUAAAAAGCACUCUUACAGAUUCCAGGUGGAGCAGGUGUGACACGAAGGGCACCUUGAUGGAUGCCCUCAUCCCCGUGGUCCAGGUCAGGGCCCAUCCUGCCGUGUUCCCCGCCUGAUUCUCGUUGGCGCCUGCCUAAUGGGCCUCCUUCCAGAUUUCUGGCUGUGGCAUGGGUGCUGUCUGUCAGUCAUCCCUCUCUUAUUGCAUGACUUCUUUCCAACCAUGCUUCUGUCUGGCAACGCCUUUCCUUAGGAAAGAUCAAACGUGUUUAAAUUUUGAAAAAGAAGGUACGGCCUAGUGUUGUCUCACACACCGGGUACUCGGUGCUCCACCAGAUCCAAUAAAAGAAUUGGACUCAGAAAGAUGACAUUGUGGGCUCAUGGGCAGGCGGAGGAAAAGCACGGUCCCCGGCUCUUGUUUUCCAAGGUAGGGGACACAAAGUUAAGCAUAUUAUUUGUAUCUUAAAAAUCUGGCUAAUCCUUGUCUAUCUAACACCCACAUUUGCUUGGAUUAUUACCGAUCUGGAUGACCUCUCAGGCCUCUUUGAGCUGUAAAGAAUCCCAAGAUGCCAUUUUUAGUCUUUCUUAUUUCACUUUGGGCCCCACUCAAUGGCAUAUGUUUAAUACUAAUGAAUGAUUUCUAAUCCAAUUCUUGAGCAUCCAUUAUCCAUUAUCCAUAUCCAUAGCGUAUAAAAUGAAUCCAGGUCAUGUGGAAUUGAAGUGGAUUUAAACAGGCAGUUCUUGUAAAAAAGUUUUCCCGUGGACUUGACCUCCUGAUGAUUUUGAUGCAAAAGCUGGACUAACAAGAAGAUAUUAUCAAUAGAAAAGGCAGAAAGGAAAUGUCCUUUCUGGUCCACAUGAAUAUUGUGGAUAUUGUUGCGCUCGGCACAAAAUGCGACAAUCUGUAUAUACAUGGAAGCACUCUCCUAAAAGAGCAUCUUGGAGACUAAGUGUCCCUGCCAUGCUCAUGCACAGACUCGGAAGGAGAUAAGGUGGGUGGGCACAGCAGCAGAGCCUCUUCAGUCCCUCUCUGCCAUGACCCACUCAGCUGGCUUCCCUUCCCUCCAGGGGAAAAAUCCCUCGUGGACAGCCAUCAUAGGAUCACCGAUUUAGAGCAGGAAACUGACCUUGGGGCCAGCUCGUCCAACCUCGGAUGAGAAAAAUAGGUUCUGGGAGGUUGUGUUUGAGCCAAGUUCACACAGCCAGGUAGUGACAUAGGAGGGUCCAGGUGUUCCAGAACCGUGGCACAGUCUACACAAGUACACUGCUUCCCCCUCUAUAAAAAGGAAUUUUAGGGAAACCCAUCCCCUCCCUUCUCAGCAGACUUUUUUAAAUGAAAAGAUGGCCUGACGAUGAGGGAUGGAAACAGCUCUGCAGGACUCAUUUUUCCUUGGCUCCCAGGUGGCUACAAAACAUACAAGUAAGAUGAGGAGCAGGGAUGGUAUUUAUCAUCAUGCAUUUCUGGCUUUCUCAUCGGUCAGUCAUAUACAAACAGUAAGAAUACCACUUCUGAUGACCAGCUCCUAAUGAUACCGGAUUUGCCUUGUUAUUCGAGCUGAAAACUUGGCUCAUUGCGGUCUUAGAUAGUAGGGCAUGGUCUUACAUCCUGACCAAGCACAGGAGCCACCGAUAGUUUUGUUUUCUGUGUCAAAAUAAAACCGAACGUUCCAAACCACCCCCAACCCAUCGCUACAAGGGGUGGGCCCCAAAGAGGAAGGGGCUUUGGGGAAUUGCACAAACUGCUUCACCUAUAGGAAUUAAGACGGAAGCUUUCCCUUGUUUGGAACAGAUAUACUUACCAGGAGAGGUUUGGAUUUGUUGGUUUUAAGCUGGUCAUAAAGGGAGUCAAAAGAAAUAUCGUCCACCGGCUUUCGAGGAAAAUGUGCGACGUGUGUUGAGGCACAUUUGCCAAAUUCUCUACUUUAGUUUAUUUGGAUGAUGAAUCAUAGGAACAUAGAUUUGAAGAAGAAAUGGGUCUAGUCAGUGCCAGGAAUCCAGGUUCAUCCCCAAGUCCUUGUACACCUAAGGCUCUUUGUACUGCUCUCCAAAGCUUUGCCGUGCUUCCUCUCAUUAUGCUUCAUUCCCAAGACAUAUUUUAAAGAGAGAAACAAGGGUUGCCAUGUGUGAGAGACUUUGAUUUUCUUGAUUUUUUAAGAUUGCAAGUGUGGUGCAGUAGGACUGAAUCCAGAAUUCUGGCUUUGCAUUGGCUGGAUGACCUUCAGUAAGGCACUUCAGAGCCUAGUUUCCUCAUCUGCAAAAUGUCAGGGUUACAUCAGAUGAUCUUAAAGGUAUCAGUUUUGCAGUUGUGUAUUUUAGGCUCUUUUCUGGACUUCCCCAAGUAUCCAUCAUUUUACAACGUGCCAGAGUCAGAGACGGGCUAGUGUCAGGAAGACCUGGGAGCAAGCCUUGCUCUGACACGCAUGGUCACACUAUGAGCAAAUCACUCGGCCUCUGAGGGUCCUCUGAGAACUAAGACUAUGAAUGGCAGAGAAUGAUGGGUCUGCAUUGGUGGAGGAAAUCUCCCUCCUGGGAAUUCCCUAUACUGUUGAAAUCAUAGGACUGGUCCAAAAGACUAAUAUAAAAUAGAGACAGAAAUGAAUUGGCAAUAGUGGGAAAAUAGGAAGUAUGCCCAGGUGGGCAACCUAUCCUUCGCAUCUUGACAAGGAGACCAAUGCUUUCUUUGACAAGGACAUUUCAGUUUCAAUGUACGAAUGGCUGAGAAAAGAGUUUUAGAAUAGGGCCUGGCAUACCAUAGGCACUUAAUAAAUGCUUUAAUUGAACUGAAUUUUCUUAUCUUUAUGCACCAUGGAUUAGGGCUUGUCAUCAGUCAAGUAUGAAUAUCAUGUGGAAGAAUGCAUUUUCAAGCUGAACAAGGGAUAUCUCUUCCCAUAGGGCCAUGGAAUAAAGGAAGAUGAUGAUCAUAGAGAGAUUCCCUCCCUUAUGAUUGGUUGGCAUUUAAGUCCAGGAUAAUCCUUUGCUCAUCUCCCAUCUUCCUCUGUAAUCUGUGACCUCUUUCCAGUUUUGCCUCCUAGGAGUAUAAUUAAAUAAUACCUGUCUUUCCUUUGGAAACCAGUCAGAUCUUCCUCCCACGCUUCCUGUAUCAGAUCCACAGUCACUUAGCUUCCUUACCUGCCACCUGGUCUACACAUGGUCACGUGGCCAGUUCACCAACAAGGGUCCCCAAAGCAUUUUCAGGAAAGUAACAGCAAAGCUUUGGAGCGGGAAGUUUGGGGCUUGGAUCCCAGCAGUCACUGAAAUGCUUUUCUUCAUCUGUGGAGCGAGCAACUUGACACAGAACUUCCAAGGUCCCUUCUGUUCAGUAGGGCGUCAGGUCUUUGAGGGCAGGGACUCUUGCAGGUUCUUUUAUCUCCGUCUUCCCAUGCUAUUACAGGCUGGCACGGAGCCAGCCCUUCAGUGCUUUUUGAAUUACCAGACAUAUAUUACCCAAUCCUUUUCCCAAUCUAUUCAUAGUGCCAACAUCUGGAGUUGAAAAUCAUUUUCAUCAGGCCCAGGAAUUCUUUGUCAUUAUCACUAAAUCAGAGUAAAUUUAAAGAAAAUGAAAAUCUUUUCUGGUUUGAUGGAGCCCAAUUUUAGAAGAAAUUAGAACAGAAAUCAUACAUCCUUAGACAGGAGAAGCAAUCUCAAAAAGUUCUAAUAUCUUCAAGGGGCCAAUUUUCUAAUACUCAGUAGAUGAAAUUUCAGAAUCAAGAAGGGUCCUUAGCAUUUUCCAUUUAUAAGAAUGAGAAUGGGUUAUUAUUACUAUUCCUAUUUUGGCCUUUCAACUUUAAACGCUCGACUCAAGACUUUGUCACAGUUCCGCCUUUUCAGAGCCACCAGCCUUUGUUUGGGGUAGAAGUGGCACAAGUCUGGCUGAGACUUUCCCACGAAGGCUCUGGCGUGGUGGUGGACAGCGUGUGGAAAGCCAAGCUGGCCGGGAGAACAACCACAAAACCCUGGGGCAACCUCAUUACUCUUGUUACUUGUCAGAGGAUUUUAUAACGACAUUCUACAUUUGUCUCUGAGAGACAAUUCGAAAAAGCAAAACCGCCAUGUCAAUCCGCCAUUACGUUCACCGUAGCCCUUCGUAGAGUGGAUGCUGUGCUUGGUCCCACCCCGGCAGGGAGCUCUGGCCCUCUCUUCCCCAUGUGUAUUCUGGUUAGAUGUAGCAGUGUCCCUCCUAAUCCCCGUGUUUGUGCAAUUUCAGAUGCUGUAUUAUUGUAUCCAAAACAAUGGACUACUGAAAUUUCAGCCUCGGUGAUAUGAUUCCAAUGAAAAUAAACCCAUUAAAAUUACCUGACUUUA